AUGGUCUUUUUUUUUUCUUCGAUACAUAAUUUCUACUCUACUACUACUUUUUUCACAUUUGUUGUCCCUCUAGAUAAGUUUCAAGUGGCCAGGUACCUCUUCUACAAUCAGUGUCGGGAUGUCUGUCCAGAGGGGUUUUUCCACUCAAAAUGGAAACGGUGUGAGGCUUGUCCUGCAGAAUGCAUCAUCUGUUCAUCCACAGAGCACUGCCUCCAAUGCAGCCCAGGACACCAGCUCAGAAACAACAAGUGCGUCCCGUUGGAGUGCAAUGCAGGUCAGGUUGCAGAUGCAGACGCAGAAGACUGUGUCCCGUGUAACAUGGGCUGCAAGCAGUGUGAACGCAAGGAUUCAAGAGACGAGGUGUGCCUCAAAUGUGAAGAUGAUUUCUACCAGUUAGGCUCAGACUGUCAUCAGUCCUGUCCAGAUCGGACCUACAACGGGAAGGACACCAUGGUGUGUGCUCCGUGUGAAGACAAACAGUGUUUAAUCUGUGACCAGUCUCAGUGCUACUGGUGUGAAGAGGGAUUCUACCUCUCUGAUGACGAGUGUGUGGAUCACUGUAAGGAAGGUUUCUUUGUGGAUGAGAAGAGCCAGGAAUGUGAGCCUUGUCACCACGCCUGUCGUACCUGCGGAGGGCCACAAUAUGACGACUGUGACUCCUGUGAGGAGGAACUCACCCUGAAGAAUGGGGAGUGUGUAGAGAACCAAAACCUGGCUUCCUGUCCAGAGACACAGUUCAGAAACAGUCACCACGAAUGUGAGCUGUGCCACUCCACCUGUAAGACGUGCUCUGCUGCGACGAACGAGGACUGCAACAGCUGCUACUUAGGUAGUUUUUUGACUCCCCAUCAGACCUGCGUGUCCCGUUGUCCAGCUGGAACGUUUUCCAACAAGGCGUCCAGCCAGUGUGAAGACUGUUUGACAGGCUGUGUCACGUGCCAGGACGCUAAGCAGUGCCAGCGCUGCAGCAGGGGGCUUUUCCUACAGAAUGGAGUGUGUGUGGCGGAUUGUCAGAGAGGGUUUCCUCAAGGUGCUGUGUGCCAGCCGUGUGCCACAGAGUGUGCCUCCUGCAGGGGAAACUCCUCUCACUGUCUGAGCUGUGAGGAACAAUUCUUGCUACUGGAGCAUUCAUGCAUGUCCCACUGUCUCGAGGGCUAUUACGCCACCGAGACAGAAUGCCAUCGCUGUCCAGCUCAGUGUACAGAGUGCAGUCAAGAUGGCCUGUGUAAGAAAUGUGCCCAGUACUACUUCCUGCAUGAGGAUAAGUGUGUGGAUGAUUGUCCCAAUGGCUUCUUUGCCAGCGAGAAGUCACAGGAGUGUAUAAGUUGCCAUGCCGAUUGUGCCUCUUGUGACGGACCGGAUUUUGAUGACUGUGAUGUGUGCAGCAACACGAAAGCUGUGCGUCACAAUGGAGAGUGUCGGGUUAAUUGUCCAGACAACACUUACUAUGAUGCCACUACCAAUGAAUGCAGAGAUUGUGACAGGUCAUGUUUGACCUGCUCAGGCCAUGAGCCUUCAUCCUGCCUCAGCUGCCAAACCAACAUGCAAAAAGAUGCCAGUGGACACUGUGUUGGGUUCAUGGAGUGCGCUCUGGACUCAUAUAUGAACCAUAACAGGGAAUGCCAAAAGUGUCACAAAGUGUGUCAUCGCUGUUCAGGGCCAGACAAAGACCACUGCCUCAGCUGCAACAAGCCACACUUCCUCCUGAACAAAACAUGUGUGCAGGAGUGUCCUGUGGGGCUCUAUGCAGAGGAUAGGGACGAACGUGUGUGUGAGCGCUGCCACUUCAGUUGCAAGUCCUGUAUGGGCCGUCACAGUUUGCAGUGUGUCGACUGUAGAUCUGGAUUCUUCAAGCAGGGCAGCAACUGUGUGGAAACCUGCUCAGAGAGUCACUUUGGCAACACAACCACCAUGGCUUGUGAACGAUGUGACCCCUCGUGUACCAAGUGUUGGGGUCGUGGUAACACAAACUGUCUGAGCUGUCGGGACCGGUACGUCUACCUGAGGCAGUCGGGGCAGUGCCUGAAGAGCUGCCCUCCAAGCUUCUACCAACACAGCCGGUCCAAGACCUGUCAGAAGUGUCACCCCACCUGCAAGACCUGCAGCGAUGAGGGUGCUCUGGCCUGUCAGUCCUGCUAUGAAGGUUACACGUUUAUGGGAGGCAUCUGUUCAUCCCAGUGCCUUUUAGGCUUCUUUGUUGCGCCACAGGGGUCUAAGUCCACCAGCAAUGAGCCUAACUGCCAGGCGUGUCACCCAUCCUGCCUGGACUGCCGCGGUCCCGGCAUGUGGAGCUGCACAGUGUGUCCCGCACUCCAGAUCCUGGCUGAUGAUGGCCGCUGCAUGUCCUGCUGUGGAAAUGAGACACACAAUGACGAUAAACUAAUACCCUGGGAGUGCUGUGACUGCAAGGCCUCACAAGUGGAGUGCAUCAAGGGGGUCAACUUUGUGUUGAGGGACGCAAAAGAGUUACAGGCUCAGGGCAGCACUGCUAAACACUUUGUCACUGUCUGUGUUUUUAUUAUCCUCUCUGUGGGUGGAGGAGUCUUCCUCUAUCUCAAUGCACAAUCUAAAACACUCGCCAUCGUACCCAAAACCAAAGCUGGAGGCUACGAGAAACUGGACACCCAGGUAGGCAUUGCCUCACAACCCACUACCUCUUCUUAUGGGGAGUACAAUGACCGAAUCGUUGGAUGUGAGGAUGACGAGGAAGACAACCAUGAUGAUGAGGAUAUUGUGUACAUGGGAAAAGAUGGGACAGUGUACCGGAAGUUCAAGUAUGGAUUCUUGGAUGAAGAUGAGAUUGAGUUAGAGUAUGAUGAUGAGAGCUACCAAUACAAAUGAAAAAUGGACACAAAAUACAGAGAGAAGGGGCUCCACCUUUUUGUUGUUUCUCACCAUUCCUCAAUUUAAUCGUUUUUUAAAAUUGGAUCUCUUCAGAUGAUGUUAGCUCAAUCAGCAGUAAGAGCAGAAGUGGGGAAAGGAGGGUUUCAGGCACACAUCAAUGUUUUCAAUAACAUUACAUUUCAAAUCCAUGUAAGUGUUACGAGUCAUUUACCAAUGAAUAUACAACAUAUAAAAACAUUUAUAAACUGAAAUUUAAUCUAUUGAACAAAAUUCCACCAAAUCAUUUGACUGGAAAGAUUGCUUUUGAGUUUGAUUUAUUUGACCUCAGGGGUAUUUGUGAAUGUGCUGACAAUCAUAUUCGAUUUCAUGCUAUUGUUUACAUUUUUUAUAGAAUAAGUAAUUGUAUUUGAAGAAAAUAUUGUACAUUUACACAAAAUAGAUAUUGUCCGCUCUGCAGAGUCAACAAUUUGCAGAGUUAGAUUUAAAUAAGCAAAACUUAUAAUCAGAGAUGAAACGUCCUGUAAAAACAGUCACAUUAUUUCAUUACACAUGUUUGUCAUGUUUGUUGUUAACAACACAGUUUACUCCAUUUCUUGAGAACAUAAAUAAAAUACUUUCUCUGUUUUUUACUCUCAUUUAGUUUAAAGCUUUGAGUCACAGUUGUAUCUUAAGAGUCAUUGUUUAAUUUUGUAACCUGGACUGUGUAUCACACUGCAGGAGGCAGCUCAUAAUUCAAAGAAAACUUUACACAAAAGCACAAUUUGAUCUGUAACCCUGUGUGGCACUGUUUGGACGGGGUCAGGUUAGUUUACAAAGAGAGGAAAAACUUUCUCAGGGUUUUUUAAUCUUGUUUAGGCCUCAGUGAAUCUACUUGUCUGUGUCCAGAUUACUGCUCAAAACAUGGAAGAAACUUGCAGUAGAAGUUAAUUUUGCAGGACUUUUCCCUGCAAGAUAUUUAUCUUUUAGCUAUAGGCUCGGUUUGGCCCAUAGGUUUGUGCAUUUGCCUUUUAUGGCUGUCUUCCUGAGAUGAUAACAGGUCUGUGUCCAACCCAGUGUAUGAAGAGUAAAUAAUUAGGAUAUUUGUCUGUGCUUGGUUGAGGUGAAAUGUGCUGUGAAUUGUUGUUUUAUAAUAAAGUUGGAUUUUAA